GUUGCUGGCCACUGUGUCUGAGUUGAAGCAUGCACACCGCAGAAUGAGUAAGCAGAACAACAGCCUGUUGAGGACUGUAUCUCAGGGUGAGGACACCAACCUGCAGCUCACAGUGGAGAUCACUGAACUAAGUGCCAAGCUGGCCAGUGCCCAGCGGUCAGCAAGGAGAACCAGGUCCCUUGUAGAGGAGCUGGAGGAGGCCAGGAGAGCCCUGAGGGAGGCAAAGGAGAGAGCCAGCCAAGCCCAGGCUAGCAGCUGCAAACUGAGCAAAGAAUGUGACUGUCUGAAAGCACACAUUAAAGUGCUUGAAGACAAGAAUGAACAACUCACACUCGAGGGGACUUGUUCCGAAGAUUGUCUCAACAAAUUGAGGAAGGUUAAUGCUGAGAUGAGGGAGGAACUUGAAGAGACCCUUGUCAUGCUGACUGUAAGAGACAGGGAACUCAUUAAGAAAGACAUACUGAUGGAUAAGCUGAAGAACUCUCAUCUGGAGAACCACAGAAUCAUUGAGGGGCUACAGUCAGAGUUUAUGCAUUUAUCAGAGCAUUCCCAGCAAGCUCUUUUGAGGUUUGACAUGUACUGUAGCAGUCCACCAGGUUUCCAGGGAAGGAGUGGAGGUGUUCCUAACCACCGCUCUCUGCAUGCUGAGAUCCAGGACAUUCAGCAGCAACGUGGGGUUCUGGAGGAGAUGACUGGUCCAGUAUGUGGGGUUCGGACCUCUCACACUCAGAGGGACGAUAUCCAAAACAUAAUUCACAGGAUCAAGUCUGCUGAGCUGGCCCACCUUCUCCACGCACACUACCCAGAGAGAGAUUCUGUUGGCGGUUGUGCUGUUGAGACCCUGGAGAGGCCAUAUCCCCACAGCCAGCAGUCACAGCCUAGCAUCAAGCAGCAGCUGGUUAAUGUACUGAAGGAACUGGAGCUGCAGACGACUCUGUGGGAGGAGAGAGAGGAGAAGGUGGCGGAACAGCGGAGGCUACGGGAGCAGCAGGAGCAGAAGCAGAAGUCCCAGGCCAAGAAGGAAGCUGUGGUGAACUGGUGGAGAACCCUUAAGGUGGAGGGGAGUAGGACCAAGGCCAAGCCGGAAGACACCCUGACCCAGCCCAGCCAGGUCCUCACUGAGACAGAGUCCAAGCUUCAACAGGCAGAGCACACCAUCACAAAGAUUAGGGAACAGGUAUGCCACCUUGAGGCGGCUCUGAGAACUGCCCAGGAGGGCGUAGCUGAGCACAAAAACAUUCAGGACAGGGUGGGAGUUCUUCACAAGGACAAGGAGACCAACACGGUAGAUCAGAGAAGGUAG